AUGGAAUCUUACAGUGCAUCAUCGUGUCAAGAUCGUUGUGCCCGAACAAGGCGCAGCUCUGGUUCGACCAACAGCGAAGCCUCGGAUCGGUCGAAAAGCACGGUCCCUACGGUCUACAGCUAUCGGCCCACAUCUAAGCGACAGCCAGAAACGGAUCGCUUCACGAUGGACCCUAGAGAUUCUACAUCGACGUAUGCAUCCACGAUACCAUCGACCGACGGGUUACCGGAAGACCCGCAAUAUGAGGUUAUCGACCGAAAGCCGGAGAUCUAUGCCACUGACGCGAUCCCUUCCAGUCCAACCACUUUUGCAGAGCUAUUCCCCUCAUCCCGACGGCUACUGAUUCGGCACGAUGAUUCGACACUAGAUGGUAAUAUGAAUCUACGGGUCGACACUUUAGUGCCUCGAAGGGGCGGCUAUCAACAAGAUGUAAUCCUUUUUCAUCUCCGCAUGUAUGACUUGUUCUCGAGAAAGUUCUCAUUUCGGCGCUACUGUCGCGAGUCUGGUCGUGAGAUCUGUCACUCAGAAAGGAGGCCCAGAUCGUCCAGUAUCGACAAGAGGCCCAUCCUCCAGCGCUCCUGGAGCAGUGUGUUGGCAAGCUUGCGACCUGGGUCGAGUGGGAAUGGAACGAUAGCUGGCGCUGAACAUAAGCGCCACAACUCAGGACAUCACUCGAUCAAGCAGGAAGGUGCAAAUUUGGAUGAUGCAACAGCAGAUGCCAAGGAGUAUCCCAGUCGCCCAGUCGCCCUCGCAGAUACAACGGUGUUAGAAUUUUCUAAUUAUGCGCAUGUAGAGGUCAAGAGGCGAGGCGCAGGGAUACCCAAGCGGUACGAAUUCGAGUAUUGGUCCACGAAAUACUACUGGAAGAAAGAGUGCAGGAAAGAAGGAGAUUUGCGAGAAGUGUCCUACCAUCUCAUCAACACGCGGACGUCCAAGAUUAUCGCUCAUAUUGUGCCCGAGAUCCUCACGCCGGUGGAAGCUGUCGAGGAGGAGAGUAAGGGCGGUUGGGUUCCUUCGUCCUCAAUGUGGAUUAGCGAUUCAUCAGUGUACGAAAAAAUGCAUGAGGUUGCCGAGAACUUGGGUAAAUUCGCCGCUACGGCUGGAUCCCUUGCAUGUCCGUGUAUCUGGUUCGCUGGCGACGAGGAUCCCAGCUGGACUUGCUUGUUAGUUGUUGUUGUUGUUGUUGUUGUUGUUGUUGUUGUUGUUGUUGUUGUUGUUGUUGUUGUUGUUGUUGUUGUUGUUGUCAUUGUCCCUCGAAUGUGUAACAGGAACUCUGCGGCCUCUAGUUAUCGCUGUGUCGACACUUGUCGGUCGACUGAGUCGGAUGACCUCCUUUCGGGUGUUUAG